GCAAUUCAAUCAAGAAAUUUAACUUGCUCAUCAGUUGAGAUGACAGGCGUCGAGAUAGCAUCAAGUGUGCUCAUAUCCAAUCUCAAGAAGAAGAGUGAGAGAUACAAUUAAUAUCCUCGUUUGUAUUGCUAUCAUCACCUGAAAAACUACAGGAAUCCUCUCAUGUGGUAUCACUAGAUACAAUAUAUGAGUAUCAUUGAAUCCUGCACUCUCCGUCUUCCCUCGAACUGAUUUUCUUUUCACACGAAAAAGGUACUCGUUAAAAUGGCCGAAAACGAUUGUCAUACUCAGCAUCAUCAAAGAAAGUCUUUCCCAAGCUUGGCGAAUGUUAAAAGGGAUUUGAAAAUGAAAGAAUAUUGUGAUUCCUUGAAGAACAAUGAAAACCAAGUAUUCUUUUGUCCUCAAUCGCAUUUACUUUUUUACUAUUAUAUGCACCUAUUCGAGAAUGCUAACAUUAUCCUCUGUCUAAUAUUCUAACCUCGAACCAACAACUAUUAUCACAAUUCUAGUGUUGUAGAAACUAACCUUGAAAUCUAUAUUUCGUCAUCGACAUUAUGGAAGCAAUUGAACAUCCCAGUGAUAUGGUGUCAAAGCCAUGGGAUACUACAACUCUAGCAAUUGGGGGCGCUAUGCGUAAGCUUUGUUCUUGACUCAAGUAUCGUUCAAUCAAACUGAUAAAUAUAGUGGCUACUCGAGUACAGCCUCCAGACUUGACUGGUCCGGUCCAUCCAUUUUUCGCGCGCGACAGGUGGGAAGUAGCCGAUGAAGACUAUCAGCUCUUGCUUCCAAGCAUGCGACUUGCGACCCGGCUGUUAGAGAUUGGAACGCCAUACUUAGCAAGUUUUUUACCGACCAGCAAGAUCUUUGGCACGCCGCAAGAUGUAUCUCACUCUGAGCAUCGUAAAAUUGUCGCUCCCAAGGUAAUCCAGACAAAAAAGCAAAUCUUGGUCAAAGAUCUUCAAGUAGCAGAAUUGGAACUCGAGGCCAUUUCAAGAUGUAUCAAGUGGAGAUUGAAUGAAAGAAUGCAUGCAGACAAAGGUUGGAAUGGCAUUACAAGGAUUGUAGACCACGGGGAAGCCGACUUCCACGAACUAGAUGAGAAUGAGAUUGCAGAGUCAGAUUUGCAAGCUGGUCAAGCGGGCCAGGUACGACGACCACUUGUCAUAGCAAUCAUGGACUUAUUACUGGUCCCGAUGCGCACUCACCCGCGUGAUUCUGAAAUCCGCCUCAAAGCACAAUUUAUGGCGGCGAUCACUAUGACCCAUGAAAUCGGGCAUGCAGUAUUCCUCCAGGAUUACCGGUCGUUCAACCCGCCUACUGGUGAUGAGCCCUACGUUGACAGAAAUGUUGAUAGUGAAUUAGGGAGAUCCUUCAUCAGCUGGAUUUUCAAAGGCUACCAUCCUCAGUUUUGUGAGUCACAUGAAAAAGAUGCCCAAUUUGGUAGUCUAGGAUGGUCAUUGUAUUGGCAGCCACUAUAUAGGAUUACUCAAUUGUUUGGAAAUGACAAAGAACACAGGAGACCUCUUUAUGAAAAGCUCUAUGCCAUUCCUGUCGGUUAUUUGUCAAAUAUGUUUCGACAGGGUUGGUGGGAAGCUAACCGGCGGGGUGUUCCGGCCCAUAAGCUUGCUGGGGUUCUCAGAGGGAGUUUGAACUUGGCCUAUAGAGAUGAACUGGGGGCCGCUACAGCUGUGAAGGCCAACUGGUGGAUGGAUCCAUUGGCAAGACGCCCUAGAUGGAGAGGUCACUAUAGAGUUGGGAAGUACUCUACAGGCGAGCCUGUCGAAGGACUUACAAAAGAUCAAAUCGCAGCACAAAUGAGACUCGAUAGGCAAAAAUUUUCAUUCGGUUUGAAUGACGACGACGACGAUCUUGAUGAUGAGAUGGAACAGUUGGCAAGAGAACAUACUCCCGGUGCAACGCAAAACAAGUCUUUCUCAGGGCGCGACAACAGAACGAUGAUCGCUUAUAGUGUGGAGACGCACGAUGAUGGAAUGCUUGAUGAGGAUAUAGGGUACAUCGAAGACGAUGAUUCCGAAGUUGUCACGCAAAUCGAAGUUCGAUAUCGGCCGACAACAGAAUUUCAGCCCAGGUCGACAGAACUUAUUGCCCCAAAUAAACUGGUAGAGCAAGCUCGAAAGGACGUAUUGGAUGAACUAACCGCCGAAGAAAAAGCAGCAGCUUCCGGAAUGUUAACAGGAUCGGGUCCAAGGCCGGGAAAGCGCGAAAAUUUGAACGAUUAUCUUUCCAUACACGGGCCUAGCAAACGUCUGAGAACAGUGGUGGAAGCAGAUAAGACAAGGGAGGACGCAACACUUCUGGAAAAGGUUGUCAGGGCGCUUGACCAAUCAUCGGCAAAUGAGGUAGGCCAUUGGACAAGAAUCCAGGCAUGGUAUUAUUGCUUGGAACAUGGGCUUGCUGUGGCCGAAUUACCUAAAACUGCUGCAGCACAGCAAGCAAAACUUGACAACGGCACGGAAACUAAUUAUAAAAUCAUGCGGAAAAUACAGUACCAUCUCCUACAGAAACUUUGGGAUGAAACCUACGACGAUGGCGGAAAUCCCGAGUCUGUUCUUAUAGCAAGAUACAUCCUUCAUCUGGUUGAUUUCUUUCUGGAUGAAGAUAUUGACGUACUUGCUGAAAAGAUGCACAUAUACGAUCUAGAUACUCCUCGCAAGAGGGAGAGGUCCAAAGAAUUAUUGAAAAGUCACCUGCAACAGAUGAUUGACGGUGAGCACUUAAAAGCACCUCAAGGGAACGUCACCUUGAAGGAACAGUUGCAACCUUUACAUGCUCUAGCUCCAGAACCAGCCCAAUGGUCAGAAGAUGAUUUAAGGUCGUGGUGUCGGCAAAAGGGAAUUCCACAGUGGGGCUCCAUUUCCGGUCUAAUUACCCGCGUCAAUCGUUUCAGAGAAGAAGAAGAGAACGUCAAAGUCGGCAUAGCCGGUCGAACUAAACCUCCUUCCGGCAGAACUAAUCGCACAGGCACAGAAAUCUACCGCUUUAGCGCGGUUCUUCGACACAGCUCCCUCGACGCCCUCAAAAGUUCCCUCUUCAUCCAUGGCAACUUUCCCUCAGACACCGAACUCGACCUCUGGGUCAACACAAACGAAAUUCUCAAACCGGGCCCUUUGGAUAAACAAAGCCCCAAAAUCGAUUGGAAACGUCUUGUUCUCCGCGCGAUGCGCACGGCAACUCCCAGACAACCAGUUAAGAUCAGUCGCGAAGAACGUAUUAGGAAAAUAAACAGGCAUAAUGACCUCAUCAAUGACCAACUUCAAGCACGCAAAGAAGGUCCAGAAGGUUUUUCGACAAGGAUGGGCUUUCCCUCGGGCGAAACAGUUCUAAACAAAGUGUCGGAUAUUUCCCAGCGCGCGCUAGCACUGACACGUAUCCGCAACGCGCCAGGUACAAGACCCGGACAAAGUUGGAAAAAACACGACCGGGCUAAUUUGAUCAAGGGCAAACACCUAAUUGAUAUGAUUAUGGAUCUUGAGGAUCUAGAAGCCAAGACGGAUCAAGAUCGGAUAAGGCGCAGGGGCAAGAACGAUAAGAGGGCAGAGGAGGAUCAGGCCGCGAGUGAACAGUUGGAGAAGGAGUUUAGGAGAGUUACCCAUAUGAAGUUGAUUGAGAAGAGGUUUACGACGGAUUAUGGAUCAGUGGAGAGGUUGGGGAUUGGUGAGGAGGAGGUCAAGGAGGUGGUUAAGGAGGUGGAGGAUGAGGAGGAUGAGUGGCAGGAGGAUUAUGUGUAGAUUUUUAGGUUCCAGUGACUUGGAAUGUUGGGUGGUGGGAGGGCAAUUCUCAUUGUAUGCGGUGUGUGUUUGUAUAUUUCGUGUUCAUGCCAUUGUCUCUCCCUAUACAAUGGCAAUGGACCAAGUAAGAAAGAAAG